AUGGGGCAGGGGCCGGUGUGCGAUAAAGUGGAAACCAUACACGCUGUGGCACACGUCUUUGACCAAGGCCGGUGGAACGUACACCUGUUGCAGCAGUGGUUGCCUCGGGGUAUUAUGUCAGACAUCUUACAUAUUUCUCCUCCUAUGUCCCGACGGUUGGAUCGCAUGAUGUGGGCCUUGAGCUCCUCUGGCUCGUUUACAGUUUCUUUGGCGUAUCAGGAGGUGAGCCAACCAUCACCUAGGUCAAUGUUUUUCACAAAUAUAUGGCAUCCGUUGAUUCCAGCGAAGGUGUCCUUCUUCAUGUUACAUUUGCUGGGGUCCCGACUUCCAGUCAUGGAGAUUCUCCACCGCUUUCAGGUACACGGCCCAUCUCGCUGUUGGUGUUGUAAGGAGCCAGGGGUGGAAUCCCUAGACCAUAUUUUUUGCAUUGGAGAGAUCCCUUCACAGGUUUGGCAGUCAUUUGAAGGGAGUGAUGGAAGCCCUGGUCCAGCUUUUACGGUACGACAUAUGCUGGCUAAAUGGUGGUUUAGGGCCACCUCAAAGGCUGCUUUGAAGACAAUAUAUCGGAUUCUACCUUGUCUAGUGUGUUGGCACCUCUGGAGGGCUAGGAACACGAUGCUUUUCGAUGGCAAACGGGUGACAGCAGUUGGCAUUCACUUGCGUAUACUCGGGGAGCUACGAGAAAUUUUGUGUGGACGGUAUCCCAAUCUUGCCUCUGGUGGUUUAUCUUGGCAUUCUCUUCUUGAUCUAGUGGUCAAGAGGGACCGUUCUGGUAGGAUUUCCUGGCACAAAUGGAGCAGGCCACAGCUUAUGAUCCCUAAGUUGAACGUUGAUGGUUGCUAUCAGGCGGAAAGAGCAGGAGAGGGUGGUAUUUUAAGGGGCCCAGAAGGGCGUUUUAUUGUUGCUUUUGCGAAGGUGUUUGAUGUAGCUAAGAGCUUGCAAGCAGAGCUGAAGGCAGUACUUGAGGGGGUGAGGCUUUGCGUACAACGAAGCUUUGCGGAGGUGCACGUGGAGUCAGACUCUUUGCUAUUGGUUCGAAUGUUCCACACCAAGGUCGGGAUACCUUGGUGGUUUAUGCGCGAUUUUGAGGAGCUCUUAGCUUUACGGCAUCAUGUGCGGGUCAUGACGCAUUGUCGUCGCGAGGCGAACAGGUCUGCGGUUGGUUUGGCUAUGGAGAGCAUAACUCAGGUACCAAUUCAGUUUUCGAGUCGUGGGGGCAGCUACCCCUAG